UGAAGGACGUCAAAGUAGUCAGUUAGUAGGUUUUAUCAGACUCGUUUCAUCGUGAUUAAAUAAAACGGAUGCAGUCCUUGACGCCGCCUUUUUCAUUUUGGUCCCUUAUGUCUCCUACCCACGACAAUUUUUGCUUUUCCGCAGGCAUCAAACGUGUUUUUUUUUGAACAUAAUUUGGAUUCGCACAGAAAACGGUAAAAAUAUCAUGUUGCAAGCAGCUCGGGCGUUCGGGACAACUGGCGGCCGGGGUCGUGGCGGCCAUGGCUAUCUUUCACAAAAGUGGACGGGUCGUCUUCCUAUUUCGCCCGUGGCCGCUCUGUACAACCAGCACAACUACAGGCCUUUUUCAUCUUCUGAGCAAUCGGGAGGAGGCUCUAGUAGUAGUUCAGCAUCUACUUCGUCAGGUUCGAGCACCACGACACGUCGUCCGCCGAAGAUGCAGACCAAGCGGUCGAGUCAGGACCUGAUUCGCGCCGUGUCCGAAUCGCGCGAAAGCAUCCAGCAGUACAUUGCGGAGCAGAACGCCCUCCGCGCGGAGACGGACGAGAAGGCCAAGGCCCGGCUGUCCGCCAAGUUCCAGCGCGACUGGACGGAAAAGUGGGGCCGCCGUCCCUUUCAAGUCGUCGCACUGACCUGGACUUCCGGCGCGGCCGCACUCGUGUCCCUGGCCGGCUGGACGCCACUGCACUUGGUGCCGCCGUUUGUGUUCGCGUAUAUCGGGGUCCGAGACAUGUACUCGCACCGAACCAUGCAAAGGAACUUCCCCGGGCUCGUGUGGAUCCGGUAUUGAGUUGUGGACUAGCUGCUGGAUAAGUUUUAGCAAUAGCAAUCUGUAGUUGUGAUUUUUCUUUCCCAAUCCCACUCUCGAAACUCCUUGGCAUCUUCUUCACGUACUACUGCCUGGGCUGCAGUAGACAGAUGCUCAUCACAAAGGAAAACAAUUCAUCCACAAACUUCCAGGUAUUUCUUCGAAUCCAUCCGACCGGAAAUCCGCCAGUACUUUGUGGAAUCCGACCACGAGAUGACGCCCUUCGCCCGGAAACACCGCAGCCUGGUGUACCAGCGGGCGAAGACCCGUGGGGAGUCGAACCCCUUCGGGACGCUAAACGACAUCUACGCGAGCGGGUACGAGUGGGUGAACCACAGUAAUCUCGGUGCGCAGCAUUUGGACACGAGAGUCGUCGGUCGGACGGUGAUCGGGGAAAACGCGAGAGAUGUGGAGCCCUACUCCGUGUCCCGGCUAAACAUCAGCGGCAUGAGCUACGGCGCGCUCUCCUCCGCCGCGGUGCAGGCGUUGAACAAGGGCGCGAAGAUGGGCAACUUCUACCACAACACUGGGGAGGGCAGUAUCAGUGACCAUCACCGGUUGUAUGGCGCGGACGUCGUGUGGAACGUGGGGACUGGGUAUUUUGGCUGCCGCGAUCUGGCCACCGGCAGGUUCAGCGAGGAAAAGUUUCUGGACUCGUUGGCGAAAACCCCGGGCGUGCGGAUGAUCGAGCUGAAAUUGUCCCAGGGGGCCAAGCCCGGGCACGGCGGGAUCAUGCCGGCCGCGAAGCUGACGGCCGAGAUCGCCGCGAUCCGCGGCGUGAAGAUGGGCGAGGACUGCGUGUCGCCCCCGUGGCACGCGGAGUUCGUCGGACCGACGGGAUUGGUGCAGUUCCUGAUGAAGCUGAGAAAAUUGUCGAAAAAACCGACCGGUUUCAAACUCUGCGUCGGCAACCGGGUGGAGGCCGCCGCCAUCGUGAAGGCGCUGCAGCUAUGCCUUGCAAAUAUGUCUGGGUCUGGAAGGAUACAACUUGUGAUGUUACGUCUGGACUCUGCAUAAAAUCUGUAUUGCGUGAAGAGCAAAAUAGGCCCAAUUUUUGCUACGCAGAGAGGGCAUUUCUCAUGCUGUAUGAUCAUCAGAAAGCCCCCCUCGCAGAAUCUGUGAUGCUAAGGCAUGCAUCACAGACAUCAUGGGUCAUGGAAAAUAUGCAUGACAGGCCUGGCAAUCUUCCAGACCCAGACAUUUUUGCAGCUCAUAACAGCUGGAGUUCGCGAAGGGCAACCAGCCGAUCGACUUUGUCACCAUUGACGGCGGCGAGGGGGGCACCGGUGCGGCGCCGGUGGAAUUCUCCGACCGGGUCGGGGCGCCUUUGCGGGACGGCCUGAUUUUCAUGGACGACUUGCUCACUGGCGCGGGGAUCCGGGAUGACGUGAAGAUCAUCGCCAGCGGGAAAAUCAUGGACGGCUUUUCCAUGAUUCGGGCACUGUCCCUGGGUGCGGACUAUGAACUGCAAAAGUAUCGUACUCGUAUAAAUGCAUGACAAAUUUCCUCAGCAUGAGAGAUAAAAUUUGUAAUGCGGAUUUACCUAAAAAAAAGAAUUUGUAAUGCAUGAUUGCAAUUAUACGAGUACGAUACUUUUGCACAGGAUACGGACGUGUGUAACUCCGCGCGGGGGUUCAUGAUGUCGCUCGGCUGCAUUCAGGCCUUGAAGUGCAACACCAACCACUGUAUCAGCUGCAAAUAUGUCUGGGUCUGAAAGGGUGCAACUUGUCAUGUUUAGUCUGUAUCAUGCAAAAAUCUGUGUUGCAUGAUUACCAAAAAGUGUCCAUUUCUGACCAAUCUGAGAGUGAGUUUCUCAUGCAGGAUAGGCAUGAUACAGAUCUCACAGAAUCUGUCAUGCUAGAUCCUGCAUUCCAGACCUCAUGUGUCGUUUUGAACCUGCAUGAGAAGCCUUGUACUCUUCCAGACCCAGACAUAUUUGCAUCUGAUACACUGCCCCACUGGCAUCACGACGAGCGACCCAACGCUGAUCGCCGGAUUGGACAUUCCGACGAAGGUAUCCCACGAAAAUAAAACUGUUUCACUGUGGUGAUUUUAUCGCUUUGGUUUUCUAUGAUGUGCAAGAUCUGCAUCACAAGUUUCUUACGCAUGACACGGAAGAUUUGCCAUGCGUGCAUUUCCCAUAUGGAAAAACACGGUUAAAACUCCAAUGUUCUCCUAUGCAGGUGUAGCAAGACAAACACUUUGGUGCUUCGUUCUCUGCGUCAUAAGUUCACAGCGAAACAGUUUUUCCUUGCGAUAGAAGGCGGAACGGGUCCGCGCCUACCACGAGAACACGCUGCUCUCCUUCACGGAGUUGCUCGGGGCGACGGGCUGUAGUGAUCCCGACCAGCUGCGACGGGUGCACAUCAUGCGGCGCGGGGUAAGCAUGAAGGUGGAAACUUAUGCGGAGAUCUACCCGGAGUUGGAGAGUGGUUGUUUGCUUGAGGGUGCUGGACCAAAGCAGUUGCAGUACUUCUGGGACUCGGCGGAACUGUUCGGGGGUUUGUCACCGCCGAUCGAUUCUGAGAACGGGGAGGAGGUCCUGGAGGACGCAGCGAGCCUGCGGAGUUACGCCGAACGGGCUUACAGUCACAUGCCGUGACGAGCAGGUGUAGUAUUGGAGGUUGCGAGGGUCGUGGGGUGGUUUUUUCAGGGUAUGGGUUUGUAGAAUUUUUUGAUUGCAGUGGUCUAGUUCUCGUCUUUACAGUUUGAAUAGUUUCAUGAUUUGUGUAGUUCAGGAUCGCACUUGAUGAUGUUCCUGAGCGAAGUGUAGAAUACGAGCUGGAAAAUGAAAAGAAUUCUUUCGCGUAGAAAAAUGUGUACCUAAAUCAGAUGCUUUGGCGUUUAUAGUUUUUUUUGUGGUAGGAUGCCUGCAAUGUUAGACAGCAUCGGAG